AUGAAUGAUCCUCACCUUGCGGGGAUCCAAGCAUCAUUAUUAGAAAAGGAUAACAAAUUAAAGCAGCUCAAGGAACAACUUAGCUCACUCACAGAAGAAUUUGAAUCUAAUUGGAAUCAAAUUGCUGAAAAAGAUAACCAAAUUGAGCAACUAAAGAACCAAAUUGCAAGUGCAAAGGCAGAAUUCGAAACACAGCAAGCUGCAGUAGAAUCUUCUAAUUACUUACUGAAACAAGCAAGUGAAAGAUUAACAAAUUUAACAUCAAAAGUUACAUCAAUUCAAGAUAACAUGCAUAACUUACAAAUGGAAAUCAAUAAAUAUGAUUUCCAAAUCAAAAAAUUAAAUGAAACGCCAUUACCAACUGCAGUGAUCCCUAUUCAAGAUGACGAACUAACAGAAUUACAAGAGCAGGUUAAGGAUGCUGAAUCACGCUUUUAUCAAGUAAAAGCACUUGUUCAACAAGUAGGACAAGAAUGCAAGAAUCAAAUUUUAAGACUGAAUGAAGAAAUUCGCGCAGAAACAGAUGAAAUUAAUUGUGAAUAUGCAGCUUUACAACAAAAAAAUACAGAACUCACGCAAUCUAUCAAAGAAGUUGAAAAUGCAAGAAAAAUUGAACUUGCUCGAAUUGAUGCUGAAAGAGAACAACUUGAAAAGUCAAAGAUCCCUACAGAGCAGUAUGAAAAUCAAAUUGCACAGUUGAAGAAGGAAAUUCAUGAAUUAGAUUUACAUAUAAUGGAUUUAGAGACCAAAAUUGAAAAUGAACAAAAAGCCGAAAAGGUAAGACAAGAAACUGCUGAAAAACUUCAGCAACAGAUAGAUGAAAAAAGGAAAUUAUCUGCAGAAUCAAUAAAGAAUUCUAAAAAUAUUCUUGCAACGCAAAACAAGGAAUUACAUAAAUUGAAGUCUCUUAUUGAGAAACAGAACGAAACUAAUGAACGUCUAAAAGCAGAGCUCGAUGCUUUACAGAGAGGAGAAGCUCAAAAGCCUGAUUUUGAUUUGAUUUUUGAGCAAGAUAAAAAUGAAAUCCAAAGAAGAUUUGAAGCCGCGAUGAGAAAGGAAAUGAAAGCUCAAGAGAAAAUUGGAGCACAGCAAAGAGAAAUAGAUGCACAAAUACAGAAAAAGAAGCAGACGAUUAAUCAAUAUAAUCAAGUUAUAUCUGAUUGUCUUCAAGAAGCCAGGAAAAUGGCCCAAACAGCACAUGAAAGAAGGCAAAAAUGUAAAAUUUUAUCUGCUCAAUUAAAACAACUUCAAGGAGAAUAUGAAGCACUGCAAGCUAAAGCUAAUCAAAAUAUGCCUUCUCAACCGGCAAACUCUAAAGCUCCUUCAUCUCCUGUCAUUAAAUUACCAGCGCCUAAAUCUCCACCAAGAAAAUCCGAACAAAAGAAGCCUCCAAAACGUCCAGUAGAUUUAAGCGAAGUUGAACAACUUUCUAAUGAAUUAGAUAAAUACGGAAAAGAACUGUCCGCUGCCGAAGAAGAAAUGAAACAGUUAAAGAAUGAAGAAGAAUCAAUCUACAAAGAAAUUGUAAGACUGAAGAAAGAAAAUGCAGAAUUAGAACAAGGCCUUGAAAGAUAUGAUGAAGUUUUUCAAUAUCAUAAGAUACUGAAACAAGAAUCUGCAUCUGCAGUUAGUAAUGAUAAAACAUCUAAGAGUACAUCAGGAAAGAGGAAAUAA